AAGCAUGGCUGGCCUGGAGCUGCUCUCUGAUCAAGGAUUCCGAAUAGAUGGGAGAAGAGCGCACGAAUUACGUAAAAUUCAAUGUAAGCUAGGGGUUUUCAGUCAAGCCGAUGGUUCAGCAUACGUAGAACAGGGAAAUACAAAGGUCUUAGCUGCUGUUUACGGACCUCAUGAGAUUCGAGGAAGUCGAAGUAAACUUCUGCAGGAUAAAGUACUUGUCAACUGUCAGUUCAGUAUGGCAACCUUCAGCACCAGUGAACGUAAAAGACGACCGAGAGGGGAUCGAAAAUCUCAAGAAAUGACAAUGCAUCUACAGCAAACAUUCAAUGCUGCUAUCUUAACCAGUCUUCAUCCCAGGUCUCAAAUUGAUAUCUUUGUUGAGGUUCUACAGUCUGAUGGAGGGAAUUAUUGUGCCAGUGUGAAUGCUGCAACAUUAGCUGUAAUUGAUGCUGGAAUCCCCAUGAAAGACUAUGUCUGUGCUUGCUCAGCGAGUUACCUAGGUGACAGUCCCAUUGUUGACAUUAAUUAUUUAGAAGAAUCUUCAGGAAGUCCAGAAAUUAUUGUGGCUGUUCUUCCGAAGUCGGAACAGAUUGUUUUUCUGGAGAUGAAUGGUCGGCUUCAUGAAGAUAAUUUGAGUAAGGUGGUGGACAUGGCUGUGAAAGGCUGUAAGGACGUGUAUGGAGUGUUAGACCGGACGGUCAGGGAACAUGUCAGUGAAGUGGGGACCUCACUGGAAACUUAAUACUUCUAAAAUCUGCUAGAGGAUUUAUAGAUAGGAUUUAUAGAUGUUAAAGAAAAAGAUAUACAUUGACAAUGUAAAUAAUUCAUAAUGAUAAAUGUAAGCAUUUUAUGCUGAACAAAAUUUGAAAUUAUAUAAGAUGUAUAUAUGGGUAGACUAAAUAGUUUAGGGCAUACAGCUUUGUUAUACUUUCUUUCUUCUUUUUCCUUUGAUUUAAAAUGUGGGAAUCAGCAGUCUUGAGUCAUUACAAAACUAUCUUUUUAGUACAUGUACUUCAUUUUCAAUGCUCAAUUUUCAGGGAUAAAUAGUGUCAUUCAAAAACCUUGAAUACAGAUUUUUGUCACUCAGGUGACCUAUUUCUAUCCACUUUAAUUUUUUAUCUGUCACCAUGUGUUGUGUGUCAUGCAUAAAAAAUAAACAUUUUCAAAUUCU